CAGGAAUGCAAUAUUUGAUCAUGGGAAAAGAAGCCUUAAAGAUAAACAUUGGUUACAGUUUCAGAAAUACCCUCCAUCCAGGCCUUUCAGUAUGUGGAGAGAAGACAGCCAUGGCUGAUGCGGUUUUCAAUUUUGGUUCUUAGUUCCCUUCAGAUGGCUGAGAAAGCAAGCAGAGGCACGCAGGAUAUCCCCAGCUCUUCUCCUGAUGAAAACGAGUUUCCUUUUGGAUAUCCCACAAGCAUUUGUGAAGAUGUGCCCGAGCAGAAGUACCUGUGCAGCAACUGCAAUAACGUCCUGAAGAAAGCCCUGCAAACGCUGUGUGGGCACAGAUACUGCUCUGCCUGCCUGUCCUGGAUUGUCCGGAACAAUAAAAAUCCAGUUUGCCAGAAAUGUAAAGAGGAGGAUCCCAGCACUCUGAGUGAAGGAAGCCUAUUGGCAGAGGAAAGGGCCUUUGGGGAUGCUGCCAUUAACAAAGAGAUUUCUGAGCUCAGAGUGCACUGCGUGACCCUUGGGUGCAGUUGGUGUGGUACCAUGAAAAAUUUUGAAGAGCAUCAGAUUCUGUGUGAAUACGCUUUGAUCCCUUGUCACACUGGCUGUGGGCACGUGGUGAUGAGGAAGAAACUUGCAGAUCAUUUGGAAAACGGAUGUGUUAAUAACGUGACCGUGUGUCACAAGUGUAAGCAGAGCUUAUCCAGCAGUGAGUACCAAGAACAUUCAUGUGAGGACAAUUUAUAUAGAGAGCAGAAGCAUGUGCAAGCAGAAACACCAUCAGAUGAAAAGCAGAACCAUUCUGGUCUCUCAGUCAGCAUGGAUGGAUGUCGCUUUUCUGAGGUUGGCUGUUCCUUUGGGGGCAGCAAAGAGAAGAUAAAGGAGCAUGAAAAAGCUGCAGUUGGGACUCACAUGCUGCUUCUGCUGCAGUACAUAAAGCAACUGAAGGCAAACCUGUGCACUGUUUCCAAAGCUGCAAAUGGUUUCAUCUCACAGACAGAGCUGAAUGUGAAUGGUGCAGAAAAAAGCAUCUCUGAGCUGUGCAUCCCAGGCAGUCUGCAAGUCAAUGGCGAUCUGGAAGUGGACUGUUUAACCAGAACUUCUGUUCCCAGAGAUGAAUCUACUGUACAGCAGCUGGUGAGGGAGAAGGUGAUUUCUGAGCUUGAAAAUAAGCUACAUGUGUUUGAGAAUAUUGUGGCAGUGCUCAAUAAAGAAGUGGAGACCUCCAACUUGGAAAUCACAGCCUUUCGGAGACAGAGUGAACUCGAUCAAAAUGUAAUACGAGGCCUUGAACUUAAGAUUGCAGAGCUGCACCACUGCCUGACUCAGAAGGAUGCAGGCCUGAGCAGGCUUCAUAAGAGCCUUGUGUUCUCCGAGCAAACUUCCUACGAUGGGGUCUUUUUGUGGAAAAUAACAGAUGUUAACCAGAAGCUACAGGACUCAGUGACGGGGAGAGUAGUCAGUUUGUACUCACCAGCAUUCUACACUGCAAAGUAUGGCUACAAAGUUUGCCUGAGGAUUUAUCUGAAUGGAGAUGGGAUGGGAAAAGGAACCCACGUAUCACUCUUCUUUGUUGUCAUGAAAGGAGACUACGAUGCUCUGCUCCCGUGGCCUUUCAGGCACAAGGUUACAUUUAUGCUGCUCGACCAAAACAACAGAGAACACAUUAUUGAUGCUUUUCGCCCAGACUUGGCUUCUGCUUCCUUUCAGAGACCUGUGAACGACAUGAAUGUUGCCAGCGGCUGCCCCACCUUCCUCCCUCUGACCAAACUGCAGUCACCAAAGCACGCCUAUGUGAAAGAAGAUACACUUUUCCUUAAAUGCAUCAUAGAUGCAAAUUAGUACCCUCUGAAACAUGAGUGUCUGGUACAUCACCUGCUGCACUUCAUUUGUUUGCAAGAAAAGAAACAUCAGUUGGAGACAUUGCAUUGGUCUGGAGAGACAGGCCUGUGUUGCCCUGCUCUGACUGGGCUCAGCUGGGUCUGCCUUCUUGCUGUGGUUGCUGCUGGGUGUGCAGAUACAUUGCCCUGUGCCACACGGAGCAUGCUAUUGCACAUGAGGGCUGUGAUUAUGUCACUGAGCAGCCCAAACUCUGCUUUAGAUGUAGCUCACAGCUGUUCCCUUUUGCACGCACAGGUGGGACAAGGGGAGCUCCUUCCCCACGUUGCCUGGGUGUGCUGUUCUGCCCGGGCACCCUGGGGCUGAGGGUGGUGUGCUGCAGGGCUGUAGGGCUCUGCACACCCUCAGGAGCAGGGAGGAGUGCUGCUCCCUGUCCCACCAUUCCCAGGUUUGAUGUAUCUGUUGUGCUGCCUGCACUGUGCGACCUGUGCUGCUCCCCAGCAGGGAUGGGGCAGAUCCCUCCUGUAGGCUCUCAGUGGGUGUCUGUGCUUGUUGAGGACCCUGAAAGUGGUGAGCUGUGGGUAGCACUGGCAGCUUGAAAUCCUUAUACUGGAUGAUUUAUUUCUUGCUAUUUAUUUCAGGCCUAUAUUUAUGUGCUCUUUACGGAGAUGCUGUGUUGCAUCAGGAAUGCAACCAGGUUACACUGUGCCUGGGGGAAAUGGCCUCCGGUGUUUCCAGAAGUGCCACUUUGACUCUCCCACCUCAGCUGAGGACCCCAGGGAGGGCCAGGCUGGCAGCUCAGCAGGUGAGAAGGACCCCUUGGGGGCUUGGGCUUAAAGUGCUCCUUCACUUCUGAAGCUUUGAGGCAAUUGACUUAUUAGGAGUAUUGAUCUUUUAUAUGCUUCACAUGCUAAAAUGGAAGUGCCUGCUAGAAAUGGUUUUCUUUAAGAGGCAAGGAAUGAAUAAAAGUUAUUUUUACAAUCAA